UCCUGAAAUCCACAAAUCCUAUUACAUCGCUGGUGAUACGAUUCUCUCACCGUGGAACAUGCGAUUCGGGAUCACUUAGAUUUUGUUUGCAUCGAUCGAGGCUUCAGAAGGUUAUAUAUUUGAUUCUAAACCCUACCUGUUGCCAGAUACCCCUUCGCUGCACGGCUCUCCUGGGUUAUCACUGUUGAUCGUAGCACUAACGUUACCUAUUUGAUUCGCUAAAUUCAUCUCGCCUGAAAUCAUGGCUGCUGCUGCUGUUGCAUCUACCACCGGCCUCAUGGGCAUGUGGAACGGUACUAAAGAUGGCAGAGAGGAAGGCUACAUCGAUUGGGCGAGCGGCUCGACCAACGUGCACAACCCUCUCGAGGUCAAGAUCGAGGUUGAGGACAUCCGCACAUUAAACCCCAAGCCAGACUACUUAAAUAACGGAUACGGCAUCGUUAAGCACAAGUCGUCCCUAACCCCCGAGCAGUUCUUGGCCGGAAAUGAGGCCGAGGGCAAGAAGUACAUCGAAGACGUAUACUUCAAAGAAGUCGCCGAGCUAGUCAAACAAGCGACGGGCUCCGACAUCGUCGUCCCCUACGUCUUCCGGAUCCGGCAAAACAGCAUGAAAGCCGGCGAAUUCGCAGCCAACAAGCUCUCGCACGCCGCGCUGCCCGUGGCACACGUAGACCGCGACGCGGUGACCGGCGAAGACGGGGUGCGGGAGAUCCUGGGGGACGUAGCGGACGAGCUGAUCAAGCAGGGCAAGCGGUACGCGCAGGUGAACAUCUGGCGCACGAUCGACCAGCCGAUCCAGAAGUGGCCGCUGUGCUUCAUCAACCAUAGCGGUGUUGCGGGCUGGGGCUACGACACCCAUCUCGCGCGCGUGUUUCCCACGAAUGACCCGCGCAUCGCGAUCCGUGGCGAGAAGAAACAUGAUAGUGUUGUUAAGUACGAUCCUGGGUACAAGUAUCACUACGUCAGCAAACUAGACCUGGACGAAGCCCUCAUCUUCUCCUCGUUCGACUCGGACGUGACGAAGGUGUCUCCGCACGGCGCGUUCUGGGACGACGCUAGCCCGGAGGACGCGCCGACGCGGCGGUCGAUCGAGGUCCGCUGCUGGGUUUUCUUCGACUGAGGGAUUGCGGGAUCUGCUCUCGACUGCCAGGUGUGUAAGUGGCGAAAAGGGGGGAGUUAAUACGUAGAUAGUGGCUACCCGUGUAGGUACCGCACGACGAUCGACAGCGUGAGUAGUGUCUGUUUGAGAAUUUUCUGCAAGACGAGGUCUAUCAUUUCUACAUCAGGCGCGCGCGCGUGGUUUAAAAAUGAAAAAUU